UAAAGGACAAAUAUCUUAUCCGCUUCUGUUCUAAACGGGGCGACCAGUGUGUAUUCGAAACUGUCUGCUUACCAGCGAGACAAUGGCAUCUUCCACCGUCGCCGGAGCUCCGCUUACCGGGGGUUCUCGAUUAACAUGUUGGUCCUCUCAAAUACCUAGAAAGCUUUCUUCUUCAUCACUGUUAUGCCUCAACAAUGGAGAUCUCUCUGCACCAUAUAAUUUCCCUUUGCGACUCUCUAGAGGAGGCAGAGUUCAGACAACUCUCAGUAACUCGAAGAGCUUCGCCGUGGGAAAGGAAGCUGAAGAUGGCUUCCUCUCGGAUGUAAGUGAAGAUAGUGACGAGAUGUUCGACGAAUUGUUCAACAAAUACGGGAAAGUUGUUUACAAGAGCGACGAUCUAAAGUCUCCAGCAGCUGAGGUUGAUGACGACGCUGAAAGUUUAGCAUUUGCUGUUGAAAUGGCUAAAGUUGCUAGUGAAGUGAAAGCUGGAGACAUUAAGGUUCUCUUUGUGAAGCCUCUCGUCUACUGGACUCGUUUUUUCAUCUUAACCACUGCAUUUUCCCGCCCUCAAAUCGAUGCAAUCGGUUCUAGGAUGAGAGACCUGGCUGAGAAGAAGUAUGGGAGAGUUGCUAAUGGAGAUGUGAAGCCAAAUGCAUGGACGUUGUUGGACUUUGGUGAUGUGGUGAUCCAUAUUUUCUUACCUCCGCAAAGAACCUUCUAUAACUUGGAAGAUUUCUACGGGAAUGCUAUGUCAGUUCCACUUCCGUUUCAAGAUGAGCCACCACCUCGAAGCUGAUGAUGAUGAUACUAUCUGCUCCAGAAACAAAAAAAAGAAAAAGGCAAAUAGUUUGUAAGAAGUCUGUUGAUCAGUGGCAUUGUUCUGAUGCUUUUACACAGCUCUCGGCUUAAGGGGUUGAUGGACUUUAGAUGGUUUCAACAACACUCAGGGGAUCUGGAACAUGUUUUUGUAGUUUCUUUAUAGAUUAGAGUGAGACCAUCUUUCAUUAAGGCUGGCUAUUCAUGGUGUUCUGUACUGCAGCUGUGUAAUUUCACUUCAACAGUCAAUUAGAUAGAAUAUUUUUAGUUGAUGUUCAAAUGAAAGAAUUCAAAUCUUAUUUAUCACAACCACUGGAUUAAACCA